AUGGAGUUGGCGAAAAUCGAUCCGGACCACACACUUUCUCAAGCACAUCCAGAGACGAUGGAUUUGCUUUCUCACGCUUGGUGCGACUUUGCAGUUCAAGCUCUCAAACCUGACGAAAUGAAAGAAAGAUCGCUCGUUUUUCGAGAGGACUCAGUCAAGGUGUUUGGGAAGGAGGCUAAGGCACCCUCCGUGAUGAUGGAUAAAAGCACGAGGAUGGAUGAUGGAGAUAAGUUUAUGCCUACUUGGAAAGCCAAUGAUGUUAAGUCAUGGAUAUGGAUGCAGCAAGCCAUGCACCCAGAAGUGAACUACAACUCAUUCUUCAGGAAAAAAUGGAGCCCGUGGAACAAAUAUAAACUCGUGCUGCUUAAAAACGUGUCCAUCAAGAAAUGGCUGAUGGAAAUCAAGCAGAGGCGGAAGGAGGAGCAGAGGCUGCACAGGGCGGAGGUCCACGCGGCGGUCUCCGUCGCCGGCGUGGCCGCUGCCCUGGCUGCGAUCUCAGCCGAGAACUCGCGGAUUGGCUGCGGCUCCGACAGGGUGGCGGAGGCGGCGGCCUCCGCAGCUGCCAUGGUGGCGGCGCAGUGCGCCAAGGUAGCGGAGGCAAUGGGGGCAACGAGGGAGCAGCUGAGCAGCGUCAUCGGCUCGGCUAUUGGAGGAACGAGCGCAGCAAUAAGAGGAGUGGAUACGCUGAAAGAGAGAGGGGGACAGAGAAGCAGGUUAAACGGGAGCAUGUCUGUGUUACCAUUUGAGGACAAUAACGAAGCAGAGUUCGACUUUGAGAAAUGUAGGUUGGUUCUAGCCAGAGGUGCCGAGCUUCAUAUCGAGACAGCAGAUGGGAGGUAUCUGCUUAGGUUAGUAGCUGUUAUCCUGAGCAAAGAAGGAAAGGUUGUUCUCAGAAUGAAGAAACUCAACAUGCUAAACACUUUCACGAAACAAAAGGAAAGCAUAGUCCGCUCCUUACACAGCGAGCUGUAUAAAGCUUCGGAUGCUGGGGAAACUGAAAACGGCUACCUCAUUGUUUUAACAACGGACAAAGGGGCGACCAAGCUAGACAUGAUGAACGACUAUCAACGUUACAGGACAUGGUCAACGACUAUAGAUCACAUGCUGAUGCUGUCAGCGGUGUUCACAAAAUACGAUCAACAGUAUUACAAACAUUGA